AUGAGGGUAGACCACUCCCUGACGUCACUCAGAGAGGAAGUGCGUCACACCCGUGACGACAUCCGGUUGAGGCAUGACGGGUAUUUCUGGCUGGGUAGCAGACGUGGAGGAAAGCAGACGAGUCAGACUGGUUCAGAUUGUGACGUAGCUAUGGUGAUGCUGAAUGGACAGCUGUAUGACAUCGAGGCCGGAUCAGGAAAAACUAAAACCUCCCCCGUGGUCACAAGAGGAGUCAAGACUGUAGAUGAUGAAAACGUUGACCUUGCCGUCUUUCACGGAGACCAACUCCUUCCUCUCGGAGCCGUCAAGCCUCGUUCUCGGGACAAGGACAUUCUUUUGAAGGUCAUCCUGUGCGCCAAACUGGUUGGAACCCACGGCAUCUUGUUCGCCGCCGCCGAUUCGAAGCUGGCGUCUGUGGUGUUGCUGUCAUAUCGGGGUAACACGGCGGAGGCAACCGUACAGUUCAGAGGAAGAGUGGCUAGGGUUGAUGCUCAGAGCCAACUUCUUCAUGAAGAUUCGGUGAUUGCCAUCGAGCUGCUCGUCACGAAAAAGCACCUGAUCCUCCGGACGCCGAAAGCGAUGUUUCACACCGAGCACAACCUGCACCUGUCCUCGGCCGACCUCGCCUCUCUGACCGAGGUUUACGUCGGUGGCGCCCUGGUCGACUCCGGUCUUCCGGACGACAUCGCAAACGGAGGAAAGUUUGUCGGGGAAGUCUACGAAGUGUGGGUGAACGACAAGCACUACAGCCCAACAGCCAUGGACUUUGCGGAUGUAAAAGCCCUGACAUAUCCAGUGUACGACCACCGUGAUGUGAUGUAUUUGAUCAUCUUCCUGGCCAUUGUCAGCGGUGCCUUCCUUGUCGGAUUGGUUUUCUGUCUGCUCUGGUGCCGCUGUCAACCAAGGUUUGUACUACGGAGAGGACCACCCUCCACGCCUCCCAAUCUACCGAAAGGGGUGAAAAAGGCAACCUUCAAGGAGACUAUGAACGAGCUCAGAUCUAAGCUAAAGACCAUCAAACGCAUGAGGCGAGAAAGCCGGGUUUUGGAACUAGAGGAAAAAGAUCGCCUGAUUUCUUCUGAUGCUUCUGAGGAUGAGAAUCGUGACCAGAAACUUGCAGUUUUGGAGAACGAAAAUAACCUGACAGAAGCGUGGGGUGAGAGCAGAGUGGGCUCUCUGAGCGAAAUGAGAGACAUCCCCGACGGUGCUCCCAAAAGUCCACGGUCAAGCCCCCUAGCGACUUCCAAGAAAACAGCAGGCUCCGUGCCAUCUUUAGCAGUGGACAUCAAGGAUGCCUCAAAGAGACCAGAUUUUGACAACACCAAGACCACGUCGAUUGUGUUGAAUCUUUCUAGCCACAGCAAAGAGGGGCUAGUAGGGCAGAGCAAUAAUAUGUCUGAGGCAAAGGGAGAGAAACAAGUGGUCACGAAGGCAACGGCUGACUCGGAAAGAAGGAUGUCCGUUCUCAUGUCGCCCGCCCCGUUCCAUCGAGCCAGCGCCGUGAAAACGAACGUUAUAUCGUCUGUUGAUACAUCAAGACUAGAACAGGCCUCACGCACAUCUACCAACGUCAAACUUCCCAAAUCAUUCAAAUCGAGACUUCCGUCGGAAUCGAAGGUGUCGAAGCUGUCUUUGGGGGAGCCAGAAACUGCGCUCAUGCCUCGGCUGUCGCUGUCGGAUAGCACGAGAAGGAGCAUAGAAAAACUAACUGGAACCUCCACCCAAAGGCCCACCAGGACCUCCACCUAA